AUUUACAAUGUAUGAAGCUCCGAAAAAGGGCCAGAAAAUCUUUACCUGAAGUUCUUGACUGGUCACCAGGGCCAUGUAUUUUUUUUUAAUUUUUAUGAAACAUUUUGUAUCUUUAUCUGUGUAACCUGAAAUGCAAGUUCUUGAUCACUGAGCUAAUAUACAGGAUUUCCCAAGGAUCAUAGGGGAAUAAUUUUUGCUUAUGUAGUGAUUUGAUUACUUAGAUGGUGAAGUGGGCUUCUGUGGAGGGCUCACGAUUGUCGGGGGUGAUGUAUGGGGUCGCCUGAGGUUCACACACCUGGGUGGAUGAGUGGGUUGAGAGUGAGGUGUACCUAGAGAGUCAGUAGUUCUACAAACAGGAAUGCAGCUGAGGCUUCCUUUAGCUCAAAAAGUAUCCAGUGGUUCUAUUUACAAUCCCUGUAAUGGGUGGGAUUCUAAAAAUAAAAUUCCAUACAGAAAUGCAUUACUAUAUGGAAAACCAUGUAGCCAUUUCAACAGUCAGUUUCAAAACUGUUCUAGAAAAAUGUAGCACUUUGUGGAAGUUUCUCUCUUCUGGUCACUGCAAAUUUAGUUCUGACUAGCUAGCCAAUGCCCUUCCUGUUAGUCUACAGAUUAAUCUCAUUAGUCUGCCAGGUAAAUGUAAAUAAGGUGCACAGAAUGUCUUUGUAGGACAAAGUGUCCUGUCAAUGUAAACUGGACAAGCCCAGGAGUGUUCUUGCUCAAUGGAUGGGCUGUUUUUUAUGCCUACUUUUAAAAACAUGUCAAGUCACGGAAUUAAGUUUUUGGCCUAGAAGUUUUAAAAAUUAGGUAUAGCAAUUAUGUGAUUUAGGAGUACUUAAAACACAGGCAACAUUGCUUAACUGCACUCUUCUUGCCAUUAACAGCAGAAGGAUGACAACUUUUAACUCAUUCCAACAUGUAAGAGAAAUACUUGGUCCCUCUUGCAUCCUUUGUAGGAAAUGGGGGUGUCACUCUUUUUAUUACUGGUUUUUAUGAUUUGGGGCAGUUUAUAAAUCUCCAUUCCUUUCUGUGCUUGGUUGCAUAAUAGAGAUUAGAAAUAAAUCUCAUUUUGCAUAAAAAUGAUAGAGAAAACACUCAUAUAUUAGCACUUGGUUAUUAAAUACCCACUAUGUGCUCAACAGGGUUGCACAUGUACUGCAGCUGUGGUCACUGUAACACAUUCCAUGAGGGUGAGCCCUUGAGUCAAUGACCACAAAAGUAAGGAGAGAACAAGGUGCCAAAUGCACUAACUGAUUCUGUUUCUGUCUCUUUAAAAAUAAGAAAAGAGGCAAGUCAUUGCUUUAGGAUGUACUUUCUUCAUAAAAAGCACUUUUCCCUUCUGUGAAAUUAUGUAAUGAGAUGUUAAUGAAAUAAAAUGUCCAAGGUAUCCGAGCCAGAGCAGGGUAUAUGUUGACAUGAAUAGCUUCCACACACAACUUUAGGAUUUAGUGGAUUUUAAAUGGCUGCCCCUCCCAAUCACAAAACAGACAGGGUACAAAUGGACUGACCUCUUCAAUAGAAGGGUAACUGCCUAUCUCUGGCUGAUCUUUAUUUUUAGGAUCCCACCCAUCUGUAUUGUAGCCAAGGAAAAUUUAAAGAGCCAAAUAACUUAUAGCUUUUCAAAUCAUGAGAGCUGUGACUAUUAAAGUGCCACUGUGAUCCAAGCUAGCUAUGAUUCUUUGAAACAAGAUCUAUUUCUCAUACUGGGUCUGACAUCCCAGUUCGACUGAAUGACUUUUGCUCCCCCCCACUCAUUGUAUCAGUUAGCUGGCACCUUGAAUUUUGAGUUCAGUUCUCUGGACUGUAAGGGGCAGAGAUUUGAUUCAGCCUAUCUUCAAAGAAGCAGUGACCCCAGAAUGGCAAGCAGUUCUUCAAGGAGCUUGUUAUUUAGUAAGAGGAAGGUGUUGUUUAGUAAGAGGAAGUGACAACUCAUCUAGACUUGUCACUGAUCAAUGCUGCCCGAGUGCAGGAAAUCUCUGGAGGCGGAGCAGGGAGCACCCCAUCCUCUGUGAGGGGGAUACAUAAGAUCCCAGGAAGGAGCGGAUAUUUGGUGACAACUCAGAAGGAGGGGGAGGACCCCCCAGAAGUGGGAAGAGGAGGAGGCAGUGAGCACUAUGAGGUGGAAGCCAGUAGGUGUUGGAAGACCAGCAGUAUUAAAAUUAGACUUUAUUUCCUGAGCACACACAAAUGGACCCAGCCAAGGGAAGACACAGAUGCACUGCGUGAUGGGCAAAGCCAGUCAAGAUUAAAAUACUGCCACACCUCAGCCUCGCCAGGGUGCAGCCACCAUGAUCUCAGCAGACUGAUGAUGGAAGAGAAGGGAACCAGGAGAUCCUGUGCUUGGCCUUCUGUGGACAAUGGAUGGAGGGCAGCCCAUCCCCUCGCCCCUAGUGCCCCUUGGGAACGUGUCAUCAGAAUCUAGCAUGUCUCUGGAGCAGAAAACAACAUUUGUUUUUGUGAUUUUAUUGUUUAUUUUCUUGGGCAUCCUCAUCGUCAGGUGCUUCCGGAUUCUUCUGGACCCAUAUAGGAGCAUGCCAACCUCUACCUGGGCUGAUGGACUUGAAGGCCUGGAGAAAGGGCAGUUUGACCAUGCCCUUGCUUAGCAGGGGCAGAGCAAGGUCUUCUCCUGAGAAGAAGAAGAAGAGGUGAAGUGCUUCAUAUCUGGGCAAAGAUCCCCUUUAGUCAAUGUUCUGAACAAAUUUUAACGAUAUCUUGUCCUAGGACGACCACUCAUUAUUUCAUAAGCAUGCCGUUGAAUUAAUCUUAUUUGAAGAUAUUGGAAAUGAAAGUUUGUAUUGAUAACCAAAAAUAGGAAUGUUUAAACAUCUGUGUUUUAUUCAAUGAAUGUAUAUUGUUGAAUGUAAUUGUGAAACCCAGGGCACCAAUACUGACAUAGACUGCUAUGAUGAAGCCCCACUGAGCUGAACAGAGAAAGAGGGAAACUAGAGAAGUUCUAUUAAGAACCUGGUGACAGGGCCAGGAAGAGACUGCCUUGCUGUAAUCAUGCCUCUCAGUUUGUCUUAUUUCAUGGGCAUCUGGGUCCUGUGCAGAGGGAGGAAGACACUGCUGAGAGGACCCCAGUUGGGUAUUUGUUUCCUUCUAGAGUACAGCCCUGGGAAGCCACGGGAUGCUCAAGCCAAGAGAUGGUUCUGUCCUUGCAAAAUAUGAGUGAGAAUGAUAGCACUUUAUUUUUCAAAUAAAACUGAAUUCAGAAGCUAUAGAGUUUCAAACAAUAUUUACCAAAGUACGUUCUCUAUUCAUAUUAAUAACAUGUGAAGCUAUACAUAAGACGAAUUUCCUUUCUUUACACUGAUGAUUGAAAUAAUAGGUUGCAAGUGCUGCUUCAAGUUUUUUUCCCCUUAAUUAAAAGCUAAUUAUUUAGAGAAAAACAUUUUUGCAGCUGUAAGAGGAAUGUGCAUUUAUGAUUGCAUAUAGCCACCAAAUAAAAUUUUUUAAGAAGCA